AUAUGUUCGGGGAAUAAAAUACGGAAGUCUUCAAAUGUAGUUAUCGCGAUACUUUGACCAAUAACUUAGGCGGGAGGUUCAAAACAUUUGGGUAGAAAAAAGGAAAAAAGCAGGAGAAGUUAGCAGUAAUGGCUUCUUGGAAAACUCCGAACGGGGCCUAUCGGAAAAAUCUUAAUAAGACAUUUGAAGGUGGCAGUUUGAACUCCUCCUCUGUUAAAGAAAUUCUUUUCGGUCACGAUAACCAUGUGGUGGAGGAGGAAGACGACGGACCCGUCGUCUUCGUCUGUGGGAAGUGCAGGCUGCCUGUUGGGGAUUCACUUUCAUGGGACGGAAGUGAAUACGGAGAAAACCAGAUAAAACUGAAACGAGUUACUGACAACGUUCUCGUUGGAAAAGAGCAUCGUUUGUUAGAAGUAGGAAAGCGUUCUCUCUGUAUAACUGUAGAUCUCAUCUGUCGAGGUUGUCAUGUUGUGCUCGGCAUGGUUUACACAUCCACUCCCAAACAGCUGGACCACAAAAGGUUUACGUUCUGUUUCAACGUAGCAGACAUCGACAGCUAUGUGCUCGGCUCUGCAAGCCAGAUGAUGGCAGCAGAGGGCCCAGAUGAGACCCCAGUUACGCUGGAGUACAGAGGCUUUGUUGAACAACAGCUAUCAGAGAUGAAAAUGCUGGUGGUGUCCAUGGCGCAGAGGCAGGAGGAGAUCGAAAGUGGCCUUCAGGAUGGGUGUGAUGAAGUUUAAUUGAUGCCCACUUAUCGGAGAGGGUGUUUGUCCGCAUGUUAACACGCAGAUUUGGUGUUAGAGUUCCUCGUUACAAUAUCCCUUCCCACCUGAAAAUCCGCCCCAUUGCUUCAUGGGUACAUUUUGUUCCACAGCCUCACCUUGCUUUCGUCCCGAGUGCAACUGCUGAAACAAAGACUGCCGGCACUCGUAAUCAAUCAUCUUGCCAGCUCGCCUCUCGUGGCACCGUCGUCUCUGUGGGUCUCUGUAUGUGUGCCGCGAGAAGAAUGUUUAUUUGUGCAGGAUUUCAUCAUGCAGGCUGCACACUCAGCACAGUGCAGUAUUGAUCUUUCCGUUCCUGGCCACACACACUUCUUCUUAUAUCUUUUCAACAGAUAGAAUUACCUUUUAGGUGUGGAAUUUUCCUACUAAGUCUCAAUUAUAUCAAUACUUAAAUAAAUUGUUACUUUGAAAUGGCAGAAAUAUUUUGCUUUUAAUUAAAGGAACUGUCAUUUUUGUUAUUUUUUUUGUAAGAUUUCAAGUGUUUUAUAUGUAAUAAAGUGUUCACUAGUUUCAUAGUAA